UUCUCCCCCUCCCAAAUACAGGGUGUUUGAACAUUUCAAAGCUUAUUACCAGGAACGAUAUUCCUCUGUUCAUUAAAACAUGUAUUAUUCUACCGUGACACAUCGUGGCAUUUAUCUUUACUAACAGAAAACAUUCUCAACUAUUGGAUCUGUGGAGAAGGAAACACAACGAUUCCCAAAUGAAUAACCGAAAGGAAGAUAUGGAGAUUGCCUCCCAUUACCGUCAUCUACUUCGUGAGCUCAAUGAGCAGAGACAACACGGCAUCCUCUGUGAUGUUUGCAUUAUAGUGGAAGGGAAGAUCUUCAAGGCUCAUAAAAAUGUUUUGCUCGGAAGUAGUCGGUACUUCAAGACACUGUACUGCCAGGUGCAAAAGACAUCCGACCAGGCAACAGUCACUCAUUUAGACAUUGUAACCGCACAGGGCUUUAAAGCAAUCAUUGACUUCAUGUAUUCUGCACACCUAGCAUUGACCAGCAGAAAUGUCAUUGAGGUCAUGUCAGCUGCGAGCUAUCUGCAAAUGACUGAUAUUGUCCAAGCCUGUCACAAUUUCAUAAAAGCAGCUCUUGACAUAAGCAUAAAAUCUGAUGCCUCAGAUGACCUUGUUGACUAUGAACUUGGAGCUCCUUCCAGCAGUAGUACGGAUGCUUUGAUCUCAGCAGUCGUGGCUGGCAGGAGUAUAUCUCCAUGGUUAGCUCGGAGAACGAGUCCAGCAAACUCCUCUGGAGAUUCUGCCAUUGCUAGCUGUCACGAAGGAGGGAGCAGUUAUGGAAAAGAGGAUCAGGAACCAAAAACUGAUAGCCAUGAUGACAUUUCAUCCCAGUCUCUUUGGUCCAGUGACAUGGGUUAUGGGUCUCUACAUAUCAAAGAGGAGCAGGUUUCACCGUCGCAUUAUGGAGGGAAUGAAUUACGUUCUGCCAAGGAUAGUGCAAUACAGAAUGCUUUGUCGGAGCAAGGAGGAGGGGAUGGCUGGCAGCCCACAGGACGCAGAAAGAACAGAAAAAAUAAAGAAACUGUGCGUCACAUUACUCAGCAAGUAGAGGAUGACAGCAGAGCAAGCUCUCCCAUGCCAUCUUUUUUACCUGCCUCAGGAUGGCCAUACAACAGUCGUGACACAAGUGGUGAUGUGACGGUGACAGAACCUAGCAGCUCUGAUAACCGUGUGGAGAGAUCCGAUCUUUACACAAAUGUGGAUGAAGCACUCAUAGGCGGUGAAGCUAGUUACCUGUCUCAGCCUCUUACUCCAGAGAAGGAUGAUGCACUUCAGGCUGCAACAGUUGCUAACCUGCGGGCAGCCCUCAUGAGUAAGAACAGCCUGCUGUCUCUGAAAGCUGACAUGCUGAGCGAAGAUAGUUCUCUGCUCUUCGAAUACUUACCCAAAGGCACACAUUCUUUAUCUUUAAACGAAUUCACAGUGAUCAGAAAGAAAUUCAAGUGCCCGUACUGCAGUUUCUCUGCCAUGCACCAGUGUAUCCUGAAGAGACACAUGCGAUCCCACACAGGGGAGAGACCCUAUCCUUGUGAAAUCUGUGGGAAAAAAUUCACACGCCGGGAGCACAUGAAACGGCACACCUUGGUGCACAGUAAAGAUAAGAAAUAUGUGUGUAAAGUGUGCAAUAGAGUGUUCAUGUCUGCCGCCAGUGUGGGCAUUAAACAUGGCUCCCGCCGCCACGGGGUGUGCGCCGAUUGCUCCGGACGAGGCAUGGCAGGCCACCUAGAUCAGAACGGAGGGGAAGGCUCCCCCGACGAAUUGUAUCCCGGUGAAGGCCAGUACAUGGAAGAUCCCGACGACAUCAAAGUGGAGGGAGACGAAGAGAUGGGCGAUGACGACGACAUCAAGUGGAAGGAUGACGUUGGGAUUUCACAAGACGACGUGAUUCUAGAUGAUGACAAAGACGUCGACUCUCCGCAGGAGCAAGAGAACUCUGGGGAGAACGACAAAGAUUUCACUUGGAUUUCUUAGGGAUUUUUGUUGUCAUUUGUAAGAGGAGGGGAGGGCAGGAGGAAGGAGCGUGUCGGGAAAAGCUACGUAGCCUUGUUGUCGUCCACGUGUGAAAAAGAUUUUUUGGGGGUUUUUUUGUUUUGUUUUGUUUUUCUUUUUAAACGAGCCCUUGCUCUAUACCAUUCAGAUACUGUAUUUGGAAACAUCACUUUUGGUGGCAUCAGUUCCUUCCCCCUUUCCCCUUCCUUGCCCCCCCAUGAAAACAUGACUGUCUUGGUCUCUCUGUGGGAGCAAAUCAGAUUGCAUGCAAGUGACGUUGAGUUUCUGAUGGUGUGAGCACGGUGAGGAGAGUGCGCUAAGGAGACUGUGUGAAGCAUGUAUUCCUUUGAUCAAUCUUCUUCACCCUGAAUUAAAAUAUCAGGGUGGUGUUUGUGCCCCGAACAAUGUUGUUAAGCUUUGUUCCAAAUUCAGAGCAGCAGCGGACUGACGUGUACACUGUAGGAUCUUGUAAACAAGCUGACCUGUGUGGUGGAGGGUUUCCGCUGAGAACCCAGGCCUUUUGCAGAGAUGGAUUUAAAUAUUUAAUUUCUGUCGAUGGUGUGGAUUGGUGUCGUUUUUGUUUUCACAAAGCCAGGUAGAUCAAAAGGCAAAUUGAGUUACAGCCUUAAGAGCUCCUUUCAUAGUAACGGGGCCUCCACUUCCAAAUACUUCACCGAGAAUGAUCAUGAAAUUAUUGGGCCUUCUGGCAUCCUAAUCGUGUCCAGUCUUCCAACCGCAUUUGCUUCUGUUGUGUGGAAGGAGCAGCAGUGUUUCCCUAUGAUACGUUUACUAUGUAUGACACGCAGCAAGACGCGAAUGGUUUAGCGCCCAAUUUGUUGGUUUGCGUGUGUUGUCGCCUUCCCCCUUUGGUGUCAGCUGCCUUUUUCGUAGAUAUAUGCAAAUUUUAGUAAAUUUAAGGCAUUUAACAAGAUGAAGGGUCAACUGAAGUUGCAAGAAGCAAGGUGUGACGUUCUGGCUCUAUGGAAGUCAGUUGCAAAGGCAUCCUCAACUUUGUGGAGUUUGGGUUUCACCCAACUUGUGCCGUUCUUCCUUGCCAAGCAAAAACCAUCCCGCACAAUUGGUAGGUUCGUUACCUAGGUUUAAUUAACCAAGGACACCUGAAUUUUUAGUGAUUGGCUCCAUUUAAGAACCUGAUAUCUCCUCUGGAGUGUCUCCUCUGUCUUGUACAGCUGAGUUUCCAUGGGCCGGUUCGGUUUUUGCUCAUAUCGGCCACUGCUGCCUUCCUCUGACAACAUUUAAAUCAGAAACCCAGUUCAAGUGUCCUGUUCGUAGUAAAAGCUUCUGCUUUACCUCUCAUCUCUAUGCUUCUGGUGCUUUAAACAAAGCCGAAAACCUCACUGUUUCCUUGCUUGGAGCAGAUUUUUAUACAAUGUACAUGAAACCUGCCACGAGAGGCAACUAGUUCAAUCCAGAAGCCAAAUGAUUUAAAGGUGCUAAUUUCUUUUUUUCCAGUGGUGGGCAAGGCAGUCUCUUAUGGGGAAAAAACCCAGAAAAGUUCUUGCAGUUUAAUUUUAAAAAACUGGAGAUCCUGGUUCGACCCCAAGAGGAAAAUUAAAAGCAGAUUUUUACUGUCCAAGAUCCCAAUAAAGCAACUCUAAUGUAAGGAAUUCAGCUAUUUCAGGCUAAGUGGUGAGGGGUGAUAGCAAGGGAACCUGCUCCCCCACCCCGGCACCUGAACCCUAGCUGGAUUUCUAGGUAGUGCUUUCUCAAAAGGGUCGCAUCACCGUGCUUUUGUUCACGAGUCCUCACUCCACAAUCGUCUGCAGUCCUUUUGAAAUUAAAAAUAAGUAAAGCUCACCGACUGACCUAUG